AUGGGAUUCUUUGGAAAAUUAUGUGGAGGGGAGAAAAAGAAAGAGGAGGAGAGAUUCCUGCGAGCGAAUGACAGACCUUUCAACCUGUCUCAGCAGUACGCUAAAAAUGCCAUUAAAACUGCAAAAUACAACAUUAUUACCUUCCUGCCUCGUAACCUCUUUGAGCAGUUCAGCAGGCUUGCCAAUGCCUACUUCCUUUUCCUCCUCAUUCUUCAGCUAAUCCCACAAAUCUCCUCUGUUCCCUGGUUCACCACGGCGGUCCCGCUCGUCCUAGUGCUGGCUGUAACAGGGGUCAAAGAUGCUAACGAUGACAUAAACAGACACAAACAAGACAAGCAGGUGAAUAACCGCAUGGUGAAGGUCCUCAUAAAUGGAGAGCUAAGAGAGGAAAAAUGGAUGAACAUCCAGGUUGGAGACAUAGUCAAACUUGAGAGCAACCAGUUUGUCACAGUAAGUCUGGACUUCUACAGUUAGAAACAAAACCUUUGUCUUCUUUUUGUCAGUGUAGGUAAAUAUAUGUUUGUAAAUAUGUAAAUAUCUGGUUUCUCGGUGUCUUAUAGUAGCUCAUAUCUGUGUGUUUCAGGGGAAGUUCGAUGUGAGCCUCCAAACAACCGUUUAGACAAGUUUAUGGGGACCUUGACUAUUGAUGGACAACAAUAUGGACUGGACAAUGAUAAGAUUCUGCUCAGAGGAUGUACUGUGAGGAAUACAGACUGGUGCUUCGGUUUGGUCAUCUUCGCAGGUCCUGAGACCAAACUCAUGAAGAACAGUGGGAAAACCACGUUUAAACGGACCAACAUUGAUCAGCUGAUGAACAUCCUGGUGCUAUGUAUCUUCGGUUUACUAGCAGUUAUCUGUGCCGGUUUGACUGUUGGCCACUCCAUCUGGGAAGGGAACCAGGGCUCAACCUUCACCGCGUUUCUUCCCCGUAAACCAGGCGUUGGCAUUCCUCUGUCGUCUUUCUACUCCUUCUGGUCUUAUAUCAUCGUCCUCAACACGAUGGUCCCCAUUUCUCUCUACGUCAGUGUGGAGAUGAUCCGUCUCGGAAACAGCUUCUUCAUAGACUGGGACAGGAAGAUGUACUAUCCUAACAAAGACACUCCCGCUCAGGCGAGGACCACCUCCCUCAACGAGGAGCUGGGUCAGAUUAAAUACAUCUUCAGUGACAAGACCGGUACUCUGACUCAGAACAUCAUGACGUUCAACAGGUGCUCCAUCAACGGGAAAAACUACGGGGAGCUGUACGACUUUUAUGGAAAUAGAAUGGAAAUAACAGAGAAAGCGCAGCGAGUGGACUUCUCCUGGAACCAGCUGGCGGAUCCAAAGUUUGUCUUCCAUGAUUGCAACCUGUUGGAAACAGUAAAGGAAGGAAACCUAGAGGCCCAGGCCUUCUUCCGCCUGCUGGCUCUGUGCCACACCGUCAUGCCUGAGGAAAAGAGGGAGGGAGAGCUCAACUACCAGGCUCAGUCCCCUGAUGAGGGUGCUUUGGUGACCGCCGCGAGGAACUUUGGGUUUGUUUUCCGCUCGCGUACGCCAGAGACCAUCACAGUCAUGGAGAUGGGGAAGAAAGUUAUAUACGAACUUCUGGCUGUACUGGACUUCAGUAACGUGAGGAAGAGGAUGUCAGUAAUAGUUCGCAACCCCGAGGGUAAGUUGACCCUGUACUGCAAAGGUGCAGACACCAUCAUCUAUGAGAGAUUACACCCCUCCUGUGAUGAACUGAGGGAAGUUACCACCAGACAUCUUAAUGAAUAUGCAGGAGAUGGCCUUCGUACUCUGGUCCUGGCCUACAAGGACUUGGAUGAGCACUACAUGCAGCGUUGGAUGGACCGCCACCACAAGUACAGCACGGCCAUGGAGGGACGAGAGGAGAAACUCGAUGAACUUUAUGAAGAGAUUGAAAAAGAUCUGAUGCUUUUAGGUGCCACCGCUGUGGAGGACAAGCUGCAGGACGGUGUGCCUCAGACAAUAGAGCAGCUGGCAAAAGCUGACAUUAAAAUCUGGGUGCUGACUGGCGAUAAACAAGAAACUGCAGAAAACAUCGGCUAUUCUUGCAACAUGCUGAGGGAAGAGAUGACAGACAUUUUUAUUGUGGCUUCAAAUACAGCCGACGGGGUCAAGAAGGAGCUACAGAAUGCCAGGAGGAAAAUGUGUCCCGGCGCAGCAGAGGAGCCCAAAGUGAUCAAAGCUCGAGCUGGCCUGCUCUGGCGCCAGCAGACCCAGACCAUGCAGGAUGAGACAGUAGAAGGAGAGUACGGCCUGAUCAUUAAUGGACACAGUUUGGAAUUUGCACUGGAAAAGGAUUUGGAGUUGGAGCUGCUGAGGACUGCAUGCAUGUGCAAGACGGUGAUUUGCUGCAGGGUCACUCCUCUGCAGAAGGCACAGGUGGUCCAACUGGUCAAGAAAUACAAGCAGGCUAUAACUCUGGCCAUUGGAGAUGGAGCCAAUGAUGUCAGCAUGAUCAAGGCUGCUCAUAUCGGUGUCGGCAUCAGCGGGCUGGAAGGGAUGCAAGCCGUUCUCUCAAGCGACUUCUCCUUUGCGCAGUUUCGAUACCUCCAGCGCCUCCUGCUGGUGCAUGGGCGCUGGUCUUAUAUUCGCAUGUGCAAAUUCCUGCGAUAUUUCUUCUACAAGAACUUCAGCUACACCCUGGUUCACUUGUGGUACGCUUUCUUCUGCGGCUUCUCUGCACAGGCUGUAUACGAUGACUGGUUCAUCACCAUGUAUAAUAUGGUCUACACUGCUACUCCAGUUCUUGCUUUGGGCCUCUUUGAGCAGGAUGUUAACGACCGCUGGAGUUUUCACUAUCCUCAGCUCUACUCUCCGGGCCAGCUCAGCAAGUUCUUUAGUAAAAAAGCCUUUGUGCACAUUGUGAUGAUCAGCUGCUACACCUCCCUGGUCAUCUUCUUCAUCCCCUGGGCAGCCAUGCACGACGCCGUCCGGAGCGAUGGCAAAGACGUAGCGGAUUAUCAGUCCUUUGCUUUGUUGACGCAAACCAGCCUGCUGAUUGUGGUGAGCGCUCAGAUGUUUCUCGACACCAAUUACUGGACAGCAAUCAAUCAGUUCUUCCUGUGGGGAAGCUUGGCUGUCUACAUUUCCGUCACCUUUACUUUCCUAAGCAACGGAUUGUUUUUCAUGUUCACCUCCAGUUUCCCUUUCAUUGGUGCAGCGAGGAACUGCCUACAGCAGUCCAACGUGUGGCUGACCAUUUUCCUGACUUGUCUUCUCUCCAUCUUGCCUACGGUGGCUUAUCGCUUCCUUCUCAUACAGCUAAAUCCCACCAUCAGCGAUAAGGUGAGGUAUAAGGCAAAAGAGGAGGGGCAGCCCACUCCUGCUCCUUACCGGCCACCAGCCAGGCGGGUCAGCACCCGUCGCUCCAGCUACGCCUUUUCCCACUCCCGGGGCUACGGCAAUCUGGUGACCUCCCGCAAAUUCCUGCGGCUGAGGAAACCUUCGUCUCUGUUCAACCGAAAGGAGGCGGCUGUGGUGGAAACUCAGCCCCAGUUCUACCGGACCAUAGCAGAGGAGACGGAGGAGUCUCACACUUAGGAUGCAAUCAGAGACUGAAUGACAAUCAUUUGUGUUCCUACUUUGGAACCAAACCAAGGAAUGGCUGGGAAAGGAUGCC